GGUCCUAUCAUUUUUGUCAUUUAUUACCAGAAAUUAAAGUGAAAAAUGUGUUUAUGACAAAUAAUAAAAGAGAGCUAGGAUGAUAAGACGCAACUGUUUGUUGAUAGCACUCUAAAAUAAGAGAUAGAUAGCCAAGAAUGAUGAAUUGUAUUCUGAAGAAGAAGAUGAAGAAGAUGAAGAAGAUGAUUAUGAUGAUGGUUCUCAGCUUGUUCUUAACAAAUGCGACUAGUAACAGAAUUACAAACGAAGACCCAAAACCAAAGGCAUGGCCUGAGCAAUUCCACUCACUGUUAGUGAUGAACGUCACAAAGACGAAUCACUUGCAGGUGACAGAUUUAUGGUAUGAUUGGCCAAAUGGUCGUAACGUGAAUCUUAUACAAAAACAGUUGGGAAAGCUUUUGUACGAUGUAGAAUGGAAUAAUGGCACUUCUUACUAUUAUACACUUGAUGCUACUGCUGAAUGCCGGACAAUGCUUUUCAAAGUGGGAAUUUUGAGACCAAAUUGGCUAGAAGGCGCUACCUAUUUGGGUCAGCAACAUAUGGAUGGAUUUCUUUGUAAUGUUUGGGAGAAAGUGGACUUCAUUUGGUACUAUGAGGAUGUUGUAACGCGUAGACCUGUUUACUGGCUCUUCUAUGAUGGUAUAGCCACUCAUGUGAUGACCUUUGAAGAGGGUGCUGUGCUGGAGGAUAUCCGGUUGCAGGCCCCGGUUUACUGCUUUAACAAGGAGGAGGAGCAGCAGCAGCAGCAGCAAAUUGCUGAAUACCCACAUCGGUUUCUUAGAGAUACAAUGCCACUGGCCUUUACAUGAUCCUUUUUCUGUUUCUGUUUCUGUUUUUAUUUUUAAAAAAAAUUCAUGCUUCUGCUACUGUUUUUUGUGCCUUUUCUUUAGUUUUCCCUUGGGUUCAUUUGUGGACUUUGCUUUUGGUGUCAAUGGUGUUAUAUAAACAAGAUUAACUUAUCGAUGUAAAUCACGCAGCACAGGUCACUAACAAUUAGAUGAGGGUGUUAGAAGACCAAGUGGAGUGAUUAGUUGGUGACUAUUACCCGACAUGGUCAGAUUGACAUAUUUUGGGCUUGGAUACCUUGACAAAUAGUGUAGGUGCAUCUUUGGAAUUGGCCUUCAUCUGAGAAACUGAAGCCAGUUUUCUAUUGGGAAAGAGUUUGAGAUUUCUGAGUCAUGUAAGUUGUAGACUUGUAGAGUUGUAGGCAGGGCAUUCAGGUAGGUAUUUGGCUUGAGCCUGCCAGGGCUUUAACACUAGCUGUUCCUAGAUGAAAAAUGCUUGUAGGCAGGGAAAUUCUAAUUUACAUAGGAAUAUCGCGGUCAAUAUUUCUAUGACUCUUUAGAAGUUUCGGAACUUAUUAGUCUUCAAUGUGUGCAAGUAAAGCUUAAUUAUAUUUCCCUAAUAUUUACAAGAUCUUAUCAUUUUUUCAAUCAGACCAUAGGUGUCUGUGCCUGGUUGAGAUGUGACCAAGCAAAGCAAAGUAAUUAUUGGAUUUAUUGCUGCAACCCUGCUGAAAAUUAAGCCGUAGUGAUUAUAUGUCAGUCUUUGUUCUUGGAUUCUUCGUAUGGUUAGACUUUUUAACUGAUAUGGUCACGUCAACUCGUCUAUACAAGUGGAGGGUUGGAGCAAGAAUGAUCAAAUAUGUAAGUUGCUAUGGUAUGGUCUUGGGUUACUCUAUGUUAAAGCUGAGAGCCUGUCUAGCUCGUUGUUCAUGGUUUGCCUGCUUCUGGUAGCUGAAAUAAUGUUGGAUGAAUUAAAGGUGGUUUUUGGGUAUGAUUGAGAUGAGCAAUGAGCUUUAGAAUGGAAAGGCUUGUAACUGGAGAUUUCAUAAUAGUGGACUAGUGGGUAGUGGAUCUUUGCCAUUUUUAGAGUUGUUGCAAUAUAUUUGGGACAAAUAAAAAAUUGUUUAGUAUUUCAACUAAUUAGGAUAGAAUAGUUUUUGAUAUUUGUAACAAACAAAAGGGGACAGAUUUGACAAUUGUCUCAUUGAAACUAUGGCAAAGAGCCAAAGAUCAUUUGAAAAUAGUCAGGUUUCGGUUUUGAGAUGCUUAUAAUUUGCAAUUUAGAUGUAGAUAUGGAUAUGCAUUAUGCAGGAUGGCCAACAUCUAUUUUUGCUGUCCCAAGAUGUAAGAAGGCAUCAUGAGGGCACACAAACAGUUCAGACUGCCUAAGAAGACGAGUAAUAUUGUAGGAUGCGUCUUGUGGGUUACUUUGGAGAGACAAACUAGAUCACCUACUUACAAUUACUAUGUAGUCAUAUAGAAUAUUUGCUUUGCCUGCACCAUGCUUCCUAUCGUGGCAGUUGCUAGUUUGCUACCAUCAAAUGCAAAACUUGGAAACUAAUUCACCCCGGA